GCAUCAUUUCCUUAACAAAAGACUUUGAUAGAUUUCACAACAAUCAGUCGUAGAGAGUUGUCUAAGGUGGUACAUCAAUUUUUAAUGGAAACCCAGUAAUGCCACCACGUUUUUAAAAAUUGGUAUUGAAUGAAUUCCUGAAAUCCUACAACCAAAACGGAUUGCAAAUCUAAAAAUCUGAAGCGAGCAUUUGGCGCAGAGACUUGUGAUAAAAAUUGACAUGCCCCUUCACCUGUUUAUUUAUUUCCAUCACCAUCGCCAUCAAUGAAAGUAUAUUGAACUUCAGUUAUGGAACCUAACAAUAAGCUAUGCGACUCUAAAACCUCAAAUGGAUCGAUAAAUACAACGAAAUAUCACAUUCAGAAAGAUGGCGAUACUUACCAAAAUUUACCAACUCAGACGAUUACAUCAAGGAAGAAAAAAAGACGCGAUAAAAGUGAUUUGGGUGAAAAUUUCGUUGCUCCCGACGGUGGCUGGGGUUGGAUUGUGGCCCUGGCUAGUGGUCUCAAUUCGUUGGUGGCUUAUGCUGCAGCCCAACAGUUUGGCAUUAUUUUCCAAGGAUACAUUGCUGAAUUGGAGAUCACCAGCUCCCAGCUGACAAUGAUUAUCAAUACACAAAUCGCCAUAUCGGAGCUAACAGGUCUUGUUAAUGGACCUGUGUUUCGCAGAUUUUCAUUUCGGCAAGUCGGUCUGAUGGGAUCUGUUUUACAAUUCGCAGGUCUCUUUGCGUGUGCCUUUUCGAAAUCAUUUCAGUUUUUCAUGUUAUCAUACUCCUGGUGUUACGGAAUUGGAAGGAGUUUCAUUACCGCCGCAUCAGCUUUGGCUGUCAAUACCUAUUUUAAGAAGAAAAGGCGAGCAGCUACUUCCUAUCAAUUUGGUGUAGCCGGAUUGGGUCCCAUAGUCAUGCCUUUAUUGGCCACCUAUCUUCUGAAAACGGUUGGUGUGAGGGACACAAUUUUGUGUUUUGCUGCACUUUCUCUAAAUACAUUUGCGGGCUCGCUGGCCUUUCAGCCAGCACAGUGGCAUGUAAAAAAGCAUGGCAACGAUCCUAAUGCCCUUGGAAGAUUAAAUGUCACAGAGAAGGUAGAAAACUCAAGCCGGAUAAAUGAUAGUGGAGUAUUGCAAAAUUCGGAACAUAACGACCAAGAUGGGGAGCGUUUGGGUGAUACGAGCAGCACCGAGAAGGAAAACGGUUACAAUUACUCUCUUAGAUUGAUCACGAAGGAGCAGAAGUACAAUAAUUACCAAGGCACCUCUACAAAUACUCACAACGUCGGUGAAAGCGAUGGUGAUAGCGAUAGCGGUGAAAAGCCUAAGAAAUCAUACAUAACGAGAAUUGUUAUAUUUUUCGAUUUGGAUUUGUUUCGUGAUUUGACGUAUGUUAACCUGGUCUUUGGCUUGACGUUGGUUAAUUUCGUCGAAAUUAAUUUCGUCGUCUUAACCCCUUUUAUUUUAUCCGACUUUGGCUUUAGCCUGAACCAAGUGGCUUUGGCCAUGUCCUUGAUGGGUUUUACAGAUUUGGUUAUGCGAUUUCUGGUUCCUCCCAUUACGUCUAAGAUGAAAAUGGGGAAUAUGGCUCUUUUUGCGGCAGGGCUUUUGGGCAUGGCCAUUGGACGCCUUUUCCUUGCCUACACCACCAAUGUCUACAUAAUGAUUGCCAUAUUUUUGUGGCUUGGUGUAAGCAAAGCUUUUCGCACUGUAUUUUGGGCUCUUAUCCUUCCAGGACAUGUGUCGCUUAAGAGGCUACCCGCUGCCGUUGGCAUACAACGGGUGCUGGCUGGCACAUUUUCCCUGGCCUGUGGCCCGGUCAUCGGUAUAAUUCGAGACAAAACAAGCUACGCUGAUGUGCUGCACUUUCUUAAUGGGCUCAUUUUGUUGGCUCUGUUUAUGUGGUUGUUGGAAUAUCUAAUACGAAAGCGCCGAGGCGAACAAGCAUUUGGAAAAGAAGACUGUGUUUGAUUGGUCUGCAAAUUAUAGUUGAAUUUAGUUCUGAUGUUUUAGUUUGUGACAAACUCAUCUAUUUUUAGUAUUCAUGAAUAAGU